AAUUAUAGACAAAUACCCUGAUUCAGCUGGAUUUCAAUAUCUUUGUGGACGGUAUCACGUGACCAUUUGGAAGGUCCUUGGUGACGCUCACGAGGGCAUGCCCUAUGGUGUAGAGAGGACCCAGAAACCGGCCUACCACCGUGGCAAAGACCAGAAAUCACCACUUCACCAGUGUUUAGAGUGUCUCUCCGACCGAGAGUCUCUUAUUACUAUCACGAUUACCCCGCCAUCGGGUCAGCCACUGGACCCACUUGCGUGCGUCAUUAGCAAGAUUUCCCGCCAACAAAUCUCCAGAGAUAAACAGAAUUAACCACCAACUAACCGACUAACUCACCAUGGCGCCUCACGAAGGAUUAGUGCACCCCAAGGAAUAUGACAUCAAGGACAGCAAUGUGGAACUGAUCGGAUCCGAUCUCGACCAUCGCGUCAAGUACAAUUCGGCGGCCACGGAGCCGGCCUGGAACAACGGUCAGAUCGGACGGGAGGCCGGGCUGUGGAUCUGGCGGAUUGAAAACUUCGAGGUCGUGCCCUGGCCCAAAAGCCGCGCGGGCGAGUUCUACGACGGGGACAGCUACAUCGUGCUGCACUCAUACAAAGUCGGAGAUGACAAACUGGGCCACGACAUCUUUUUCUGGCUGGGCAGCAAAACAACCCAGGACGAGGCCGGCACCGCCGCGUACAAGACGGUUGAGCUGGACGAAUUCCUGCACGGAGCGGCGACCCAGCAUCGUGAAGUCCAGCAACAGCCGUCCGAGGAUUUCGUGUCGCUGUUCCGUCGCAUCACCAUCCGGUCUGGCGGUGUGGCCUCAGGAUUCAACCAUGUGGAAGAAGAAGCACCCAAGGAGGUGACGACGUUGCUGCGCGUCUUCAAGCAUCCGGGGGCCGGCCGGAUUGACUCGAUUAUUGUGUACGAGGUUCCACCCAGCUGGCAGAGCCUCGAUGACAAAGAUGUCUUUGUUUUGGACAAGGGCGACAAGAUCUGGGUGUGGCAGGGAAAGACCUGCAGCCCGAUGGAAAAGGCCAAGGCCGCUCAAGUGGUGAACGAUAUGACGCUGGCGAAGCACGUCGAUGUGGAAGUUCUAUCGCAACUGGAGUCGCGAUCGAAGAUCUUCGUCGACCUGUUAGGGGGCAAGGAGGUGGACCAACUCUCGUUCCAGGCUCCCCGUCCGGUCUCAUUCUCCCAGCGAUCCCAUGAUGCCAGCGGCGCGUUGCGUCCUUCCAAACUAUUCCGCCUCAGCGACGCCUCGGGCACGCCCUCCUUCAAUCUCGUCAAGGAUGGCGGGCCCGUCCGCCGGUCGGACUUGGACGGAAACGAUGUAUUCCUAUAUGACGUGGGUAGCCGAUUGUGGGUCUGGCAAGGGUCGGGUGCCAGUGAAGGCGAAAAGGCGUUGUGGCUCAAGGUGGCCCAGGCUUAUGUUCGUCAUCUACAACAACAGCAGGACGAUUCUGACGCAUACCUGACCCCGAUCUCUAAAGUUGUGGAAGGCUACGAAUGCCCGGCAUUCCUGAGAAGUAUCCAGGUUUAGGUAGCAGCGGCCACACGGCGUACAUAGAUGGUCUUAGAUGAAUGUCUUGCAUCUGUCAGACCAAUUUGGAAAUUGAAGAGGUUCAUCCGCGGAUAGAAGCGGCCGCGGCGUUAGUAAGUCUUGUUGGAUCACAGUCAAUAGGCUUGAUAUAAGAGUGUAGAUUGUCAUCAACUAUAUCACGUGUAUACAGAUGGAUUAGUAUCUAAGACUGUGUUAUUGCAACAGUGAUCUUAUCCGACCGUCGAGAAAACGUCGAGAUAGUCCCCGAGCCACCUGAACAACGGCUGGAAUCCGUUUAACAGCUCUCCUUCCUAUCUCCAGGCCCGCGUCUGAGUCUAAACGCGAGUAUCAUCGGGAAUUCAGUGAAAUUCCUCGCUGCAUAUUCACGCGAGGGCUCGCGGAAGGUGUCAUCGAAGUUCGUUUCCUCAAGGGCAUCGAGGAUGAGACCGGUCCGAAAGAACGGGGCAAAUAGAUCUUGAAACGACCUGUGGAAUGAGAUCUACCGUUCUAUCAUUAGUCCUUCGGAAUGCAGACGUUGCGGCUGGAA